AUGGGCUUAGAAAGCUUAAAAGCACGGCUCAAAGGAUACAGGGCGCUGUACACACUCCCCAACGAUGCGGACAAGGAAGAGCAAAGGGAGGCCAAAUUCUCAGCUUGGCGGCUCGUCUUGGCCACGCUACCCGGCCUCGUGCUUGCCGCCGUGGUGUGCUCCGUCUUCUUCGCGGCCAUGGCGAGCGUGCGCCGUCCCGCGCCGUCCGCCUGCACGGAUCCAACGAUCCGCCAAGAAUGGCGUGCCUUGACGCGAGCGGAGAAGCGCGAGUUCAUCCGCGCCGUGAACGUGCUGGCACAGGUCCCGUCCAGGUGGCGGGAGAACGGCACUGUGUACGAUGACUUUGCCGUGUUGCACGGGGCGAUUGGAUCAUGGGCCCAUCGGUCGGCGUCGUUUCUUCCGUGGCAUCGGUACACGCUCAUUCUGUACGAAGCGGCGCUUCGGGAGCAUGCCGGUUUCAAAGGCCAUAUCCCGUACUGGGACUGGUCUCUGGACUGGAUGGAUCUGGCCAACUCGUCCAUCUGGAGCAGCGACGAUGGCUUCGGCGGCGACGGCGACCCCAGCGGGCCCGUCGUCGUCGGGGACGGGCGCUGCGUCCUCGACGGGCCAUUUGCCCAUCUCCGUCCCAUCUUGUACAACCACACAUUUACGCAGCACUGCCUCGCGCGCGGCUUCCACGACGGCGAGACCAUGGGACGCCUGUCCGGCGAGGCGUACAAGCCCGAGAAGAUGGGCGAGAUACUGCGGGAGCCCACGUACAAAGGGUUUGCGCGGCAGUUGGAGAUUUAUCUGCACGGCUCCCUCCACCAGUCUGUGAAUGGAGACUUUCAAGCCAUGACGGCUGCGAAUGAUCCUCUCUUUUAUGUGCAUCACGCACAGCUAGAUAGGGUCUGGUGGCGAUGGCAGCAAAUGCGUCCCGGGGUGCGACUGUUUGAGUACGAGGGCAAGCACAUGUUCAACUCGACCGGCCAUGCCUCCUUGGACGACGUUUUACUGUAUGGGGGCUUCGCAGAGGACAUGCCCGUGGCCAAGGUCAUGAAUACCGAAGGAGGGUUUCUCUGCUACAAGUAUUGA